ACACUUUUUUAAACCAUCUGAGGGCAGCUUGUCAGACUCUCAUUCACCUGUAAAUGACGCCAUUUCAUGGCACCACACUAACAAAUUACCAGCAAUUGGUGGUUUCCUGACCUUUUACGUGCUAUUUACAAUGUGGACAAACUGCAAUCACAACAUUUUUUAGGCUAGGAACACACCCACAUGAAAACGUCUUCUGAAAUCCCGGCGUCACUAUGACUUGCUUUGAGGUCCUGAGCUAACCACCAUAAGCUGGGAAUUUAACGAGCUGGGUCCGGAGGAAAAGAGAAAACAUUCCAAAUGAUGGCAGAUCACGGAGACCCGUGCAGUGGGCAGGAGGUCACAUACUGCAUGAACGGAGGGACAUGCUACAAAAUAUCUUCCAUGGAUACGCUCUCCUGUGUGUGCAAUGAAAAUUACAAAGGCAGCCGAUGUGAGCACUUCCAGCUCUUUAGCUAUUCCCCAAAUGCGGAGGAGGCAGGGUUAAUUGCGGCCGUGGUCAUCGUCGCCCUCCUCAUCACAGUGGCGCUGGGAGUUAUCAUCUUCUACGUACGCAAGAUGUUGAAAGCAAAGAAACAGAGCCAACAGAACAAACCAGCCGAGUACUGGAGAGUGAAGCCAACGGUGUGAUCUUUGCCUCUCGGACGUGCAUUCGUUUUCCCUUCCGUGUCGUCAGACGGGACGAUGGGAUUAUUUAAAAAAAAAAAAAAAGUGUCAAGUGUCUUGUUGGCCGUUUUGGAUAUGACUAUGAAAGACCAAGCAGUAGAAGAGAACUGGUGCGUAGAGCUUAAAAGUGAUCAUCUCACGAGAUCUCCGGAAUCAUCCACGCAGAUAGCUAGGGAAAGGUAUUCUUCAUUAACACACAGGCAGGGUGUGAUAAAACGUGAGUGGGAAAUGAACCGCAUCUUGUGCAGAAGCUUAUUUGAUUUUAUUAAAAAACGCAGCUGUAAGUUCGUUGUUACCGGCAUUAAGUCACAUUUCAAUCUACCAUAUGUGCUUGGAAUGUAAUCACAAAGUGGCUUUAACUUUGUAAAAAAUAUUUAUAAAAACAUUUUGUGGAACUAUAUAUAUAUAUAUAUAUAUAAAAAAAAUUGCCAUUGUAUCAAUUAAUAUUCUAUUAAUAAAUAUUUUGUAAAAGUGUGAGUAUA